AUGACCUCCAGCACUUCGCUAGAGGUGACAUGGUGCUUCGAAUGCAAAGAGCGCCAGGGGAAAUACAAGUUGAUGUGCUCCAGUCCGGGGUGCCAGCAGUUCCGGGGGAGGCUCUACCUUUGUACGUCCUGCUGCAGCUUUUGUCCAUUUUGCGAAACCCCCUUGCGUUCAGAGGAGUUGUUAACCGCCAGUGGCCCUCGAACUCUUGAGACCCUCCAGACUCACAGUUCGGGUGCCCCGGUUGGGAAGGGGAAGGCUUCCCGACAGAAAGGUGGGAAAGCAAAGGGAAAAGGUCAGGAGAAUGGUGCCGGCAAAGGGACACAUCGAAAUAGACUUCAAUGGAUGCCAGUCAGUGAGAUCAGUGAGGAGAGAGUGAUGGUGCCUGGAUAUGCUAUUGGCACAGUCGUUGGGCAGAAAGGCAGCCAGUUAAAGGCCUUAAAGUCCGAGCAUCCUCGUCUCUCGAUUUCGGACCAAAAGACGGAAUGGGAAGAAACCUUCGUAGGGCAGCGCUCACAUCAAAUGGUGGUGGUGAUCCGCGGCAGUGCGGAGGAAGUAGAUACAGCAAAGCGAAAGGUGCAAAUGUUAGUAAAUCGAGCUGGUGCAUCGCACAAAGCUCCACAAACGCAUAACGUUCUGAUCGGCGUAGCACAUGCUCUGUGUGCCAAAUUGGUGCCGGUGGCGGCUUUGGAGGCCUUCUAUGUUUGCCCCAUCCAAUUUCGGCAGACAUACCCUUUCAGCGGGAACCUUUUCGUCUUGGAGAAGAUCUCUGAUGCGUCUCAGCAACAUCAUGUGCUUUUCAACGGGAAGUACAAGUAUUGCUCUGAACUUUUUGAUUGGAUGUCCUUCCAUCCAGCUUUCCAAAGGUUUUUGACGGAGACACCAGAUGUGAAGCUCUCGGAUGCCAGGGUUUCUGUUCGCUUGGGCCAGCUUUUCUUUUGGGGUCCCGACUCCGACCGUCCAUUAUUUUCACAGCCGGGUGGCAUUGACCAACUGAGUUACAAGGAGUGCAAAUCACAGUUUGCUGCUCGGUUGAAAGAAGAGGUGCAGACAGCCCUGGACGUUGUCUUGAAGCAGUGUAGCUUUGUGCUUUGUCAACGUUUGUUGAAUAUCACCAUCUACGUCAAGCCGGAGAAUGACGGGGAGAAGCGGGAGGUGACCUUCUUCGAUCCUUUGAGCACCACGGCACGGGCAGAAGAGAUGCGACGCAUCUGGAGGUGUACGUCCCAUGCUGAGGUUUUGCGUCUCACAGAGAUGGCAAGUCCUGCACCUGAACGUGUUGGCCUUGCAAGAAGGAGCUUGGAACAUUUGCUGCAUCCUUCGCACAAUGAGUUCAGCGGGUGUUGGUGCGUGAUGGACAUCAUCAAGGAGUCGGCAGAAGGUAUGCAGACGAAGAUGGACUUCCGACCUCCGUCGAUGCUGAUGUCCAUAGAGGAAGCCCUGGCUGUUCGUCCACCGUACUCGAAGAUGCUGUUUGAAGCUGGCCAUGGCCUGCAAACAUUCAGUGCGAAGACGGCCACUGAGAGGCUCUUCCGAGGGGAUGUUUGUCGGCUUGGCCAUGCUCCGGACUUUCGGAUGUCUGUGACGUCCAGUCCAGAGGUCAAACGGCUAGAAGAGCCGCUGAUCAAUGCCUUGAAAGCCUUGGAUGUGCAAUGCCGUGAGAUCUGGCAGGAUAAAGCAAAGCUCAUUGAAGCCUUUGCUAGCAGCCCUUUGCCAUCUGGCUGGCGGUUGCAGAGUGUGACAUGUCGUGACGAGUGUGUUUGGAUGGAUCCACAGGAAAAUCUCGAGGUGAAUGUGUCCAAGAUCGCCGAGGUCACAGAUUUGAGCAAACCCAAGGAGCAGUCUUCUGCAAAGAACUAUGAGAUUCGCUUUUCCUCAGAGCAAGCGACGGAGGCAGUUCGAGGGAAAUGCGAUGAUGCAUGGCAGCACAUGAUGGAACUUUUGUCAUCAGUGCAAUUGCUUCAUGGCUCCCUCCAGGAUGAGCUGGAAAAACACUUGCUGGUGGAGGUGCCGGUUCAGCAUCUAGGCUGGAAGUGGCGAUCGGAUGUGGAUGGUGAUGGUCUGAUUGGUCGCCCCGGAGAUGACGGUCGCAUCGUGAUCGAUCGGCCGGUGGGAUUGUCUUCUCUGUACUUGACCCACAAUGCGUCUCAGCGGAUCGUCCCACCCAAGAUGUGGCCUGAAGAGAGUGCCUCAGGGCUCUGCCGAAAAAGUUUUCACGAAGAAACGCACUCGCUCAAGACGAGACCAUCGAGAUCACCAUCUUGCUUCUUUUUUGUGCCCACUGAUGACAGUAUGGCCCAAUGCAUUCUCUGUACACGAGUGGGGCUGUGGGCCAUUUUGCCCUUCGAACUCCUUGCGACCAUGCUCGUGCCAUUUGCGGCGCCCCGGCCAUGGCAAUUCCGCAGCGUGCGCAGCGCGGGCCGUGUCCUGCAGCUGCGGCGCUUUAGCGAGGUGAUCGAGCACACGGCCUAUCUGAACAUGAUUCUCAAUGCCAAGGUCUACGAUGUCUGCAAGCGGACGGACCUACACUUUGCUCCCGGGCUUUCGAAGAGCACGGGCAGCCGAGUCUUUCUGAAACGUGAAGAUCAACAAAGUGUCUUUAGCUUCAAGCUCAGAGGUGCUUACAACAAGAUCGUGAACUUGACGCCGGAGGAGAAGUCCAUGGGCAUUUGCGCCUGCUCGGCGGGGAACCACGCGCAGGGCGUGGCCUACUCCGCAGCUGCGCUGGAUAUCUCGGCGAAGAUCUUCAUGCCGCAGACCACGCCCAAUAUCAAAGUGGACUCCGUGCGAAGGUUCUCCAACGCCAAGUCAGAAGUGAUCCUCGUGGGCGACAACUACGAUGCGGCAUAUGCAGCGACCAUGGAGUGCAUGAAAGCAGAGGGGAGGGUCCUGGUCCAUCCGUUCAACGAUCCACUGGUCAUUGCAGGCCAGGGCACCAUCGGGAAGGAGAUCCUGGAGCAGACUACGAAGGAGGACGUGGAAGCGGUCUUUUGCUGCGUCGGCGGUGGUGGCUUGUUGGCGGGUGUGGGUGCCUUCUUGAAGGCGGUGAAGCCUUCCAUCAAGGUCAUCGGUGUAGAGGCAAUUGACUCUGCUGCGAUGACUGAGAGUUUGAAGGCCAAGCAGAGAUUGUUGAGAUGGCAUCAGCGCUUUGGCGUGAUUGAGUGGGUCAAUUCGCGGAUGGAGCAGCGGCCCCUGGGCAAAAUGAUUGGAAGAGCGAAGACUCCGAACAAAUGCCCAGUGAAGCUCAGUGAAGCACCUUCUCGAGACUUCGAGAAGGUGGCCAAAGUGGGGGACGAGACCUUCCGUCUUUGCACGGCCUUCGCCGACGAGAUGAUCACCGUCUCCACCGACGAGAUUUGCGCUGCCAUCAAGGAUUCCUUCAAAGAUACUCGUGUGGUCCUGGAGCCCGCCGGCGCCUUGGCCACGGCGGGGCUGAAGCGCUAUGCCAUGGAACGGCAGGACCUGGUGCAGGGGCGGACUCUGGUGGCGGUCAGUAGUGGUGCAAACAUGGACUUCGAUCGUCUCCGCUUUGUCUCCGAACGCGCGGACACCUCGGAGACCCACAUUGCGGUCUACAUCCCCGAGAGACCGGGCGCCUUCAUCGACUUCUACCGCUUCAUCUUCCCUCGGAACGUCACGGAGUUCACCUAUCGCAUCAGUGGGAAUCCUGCGAGUAUCUUCAUGAGCUUCCAGGCCAAAUCAGAUGACGACCGGGCGAAGGCCUUGAACACGUUGAGGACGGCCGGUUACGACGUCAUGGACCUCAGCGAGAAUGAGUUGGCCAAGACACACGGGAGGAGCCUCAUUGGUGGGCGAGCACCGACUGAACUCACCGCGGAGGAGGGUCUCUUCAGCUUCGAAUUCCCGGAGAAGCCUGGGGCUUUGAUGAAGUUCUUGGAACAACUUCCAUCAGAUUUCAACGUUUCGCUCUUUCACUACCGUGGACAUGGCGCGGACGUGGCCCGUGUGCUGGUGGGCUUGCAGGUCCCCAGCAAGUCUCGGCCUCGCUUUCGGGAGUACUUGGCCUACUUGGUCUCCAAGGGCUAUUCCUGGAAGGAGACGUGCAAGUGGGUUGAGCGAUAA